UUUUAUCACACUUUCUUUUCAAAACUUUUUGUUAUAUCAAAAAGAAAAUAUGGGUCUGAAAGGCAAGUUGAUUGCCUCAGUAGAGGUGAAGUGUGAACGGAACUUGGUUCUUGAUCUUUUGCACACUAACAAACAUCAUAUGCCCAACAUAUGCCCUAGUAAAAUCAGCCAUUUUGAGAUUCAUGAGGGUGACGGCAUAAAGGCUGGUUCAAUAGUUAGCUGGAUAUAUAACGAUGAUGGAAAAGAUAAGACUGCUAAGGAAGUAAUUGAAGCGGUCGAUCUUGAGAAGAAAUCAAUCACUUUCAAAGUGAUUGAAGGAGAUCUGCUAGAGUUGUACAACUCUUUUACUAUUAUCAUGUCAGAUGAAGAUCAGUGGGCUACAUGUACAUUGGUGUACGAGAAAAAAACUGAAGACAUACCAGAGCCUCUUGUUCUCUUGGGUUUUGUACUUCAUGUGUUCAAAGAUAUGGAGUGUCACCUUCUCAAGUAAUAGAAGAUCUCCGGUCGAAUCAGCUUGCUCUUAGAAUUACAUAUGUGUGCAGUGUGCGUAUAUAUACAUGCGUGUGCACGCGCGUGUAUUUACACAUACAAAUAUAUAUUUGUGUCUUUCUAUCUGUGAGUUUGUGUUUUAUCAUACUACGUUUUGUAAUAUUGGCUAGUUCUUCUAGCUAGCGUGUGAAAUAAACAAUGUUGUGUUAAGAAUAAUGAAUAUGGCACUGUCCUUCUAUGAAUGUAGUCUGAAUGACCAAUAUAUGCAAGAUAUUAUGAAUCUUUUCAAGUAUGAAA